UCACCAUAAAUACUCCUGCACUUCCCUUCGUCCCUUUCACACAAUUCCUUUACCCUCCUCCCCUUUGGCUCUAAACUCCCCAACAAACCCAAUCUCCCCUCUGACUCUGAGGCGUUUCAUCAAACACACAGCGAUCAACUCCAAAAUGGCCAUCAGAAAAUCAAACCGGCUUCCGCAAACGGCAGUCCUGAAGCAGAUUCUCAAGAGGUGCUCCAGCUUGGGAAAAAAGCAGCAGCACUACGACGAACAGGGCCUCCCUCUCGAUGUCCCAAAAGGUCAUUUCGUCGUCUAUGUCGGAGAAAACCGAAGCAGAUACAUCGUACCGAUCUCCUUCCUCACCCGGCCCGAGUUCCAGAGCCUGCUUCACCAAGCAGAGGAAGAGUUCGGCUUCGAUCACGACAUGGGUCUCACGAUUCCUUGCGAAGAAGUCGCUUUUCAGACAUUAACCUCCAUGCUCCGGUGAAGAAAAGCGCUUUUGAAGUCUGGAUUUUGGGAGUAAAUGGCUGAAAAUACAAGCAAGACGAAGCUGCUGACCUGCUUCUCUGUUUUUUCAAGUUUUCUCCUUUAUUUUUUGGGGUUGUUGUCUUACAAAUUUGACUCUGACCCAAGAUUAAACCCUAGAAAUUGAACCCAUGGAGAUAAUAUUAUCUGGGUUUGAAAUUGUAAAUCUGAUAUAGUGUGAGGCUUUACUCACGGCGGCGGUGCGGUGGUUGUCGUCCACCAAAAUGUACCCUGUGGGAGAAGAUGAGAAGUAAUUAAUAUUAAUAUUAAUAUUAAAUUUGAGUUUGUCA